GAAUAUCUGAAGUGUGAAGAUCGCACCAAUCUUGAACUGAUUAGAACUUCUAUUCUACGGAGCACACAGUCGAUCUAUUCACCCGGUGUUCACCGCACCACCACCAUUAACUAGGUGUGUGGCCGCUAUACUUCACCGGAGCUGGGAUUGAACCAGCAAUCUACUAUCUUCAACGAAUGAUCUCACACUCGAGUCACCAUCUCUACAGCUCAAUCUCACGGACUCACUCUCUUGUUAAUCUCGCAUCAACUGAUCUAACAACUCCUAAUCAGCUAUGCUUAUUAACUCUUAACUACAGCUAACAGACUCUUAUAACUCGAGUUAGUUAACCUGAACACGUGUACAUAUCACACGCGUAUCUCCUAGCUAAAGAGAGAGGUCCGGUUCAUUCUCAAUUACAAGCUUAAACCAUUCUAAACCAAGUCUAAUCUAAACUAAGCAAUUGAACUUAAACCGAUACAAGAUUUGUCUAUAACCAACAUGAAGUAUAUACUCAUGUUUCAUAUAAUUACAUUGUAUAUUAGUUUGGACAUUCAAACCGGUUUCUUCAGAUAUCUUUUCGGAUUUUUUGGUUUUUUCGGUUUUUCGGAUUAGCCGUUCGGGUUCGGUUAAUAACACUUCGAGUUCGCAUAUGUUUUGUACCACCUUACAAGAUCCAUUCAGAUAUUUUUUACAUUUUGGACCGAGUGCGGAUUGGAUUUUUCUGUUCGGGUUUGGUUCGGAUUUCGGAUUAUGGAUUUUAUGCCCAUGCGUAAUUCUAAUGCGGGAUAAAAAUAAAACUACAAGAGAAUAAAAACAAACAAGAAAAAUCAAUUCUAUAUAACAAAUGAAUUAUUGAAGAUUGAGCAAAUAAUGAAUGACAAUUUGUUUCACCAUGAAAAAACUCACCUAAAUUUGUUUCAUAUGUAGAUGUAGUUAUUGUUGUAAAAAAAAAGUUAGUUGAUAAACUUUGAGUUGAUUCUUGUUAAUUUUGGGAUUCUGAUUGCUAAAAUUUAUUCAUAAAAUUAAUGUCAAAAUCAUUCAACUCUUUUCACAACCUUUUUCACAGUGAAAAUCAAUAAACAUAGUUAACACUAAAUUUUAAUUUAUCACUUCAAAUCUUUUCAAUAACAAUAGAUUUUAAACUCUUUUAAUAAAGAUAUUAUAAAUACAAAAACUAAUAACAAUAGAUUUUAAACCUUUACAAUAAUUUGUUUAAUACAAAAUCAAUAACACUAAAUAUAUAAAAAAAGGAAUUUAAAUCAACCAUUAAAUAACAUUAGAUUUUUUGGAAUGUAAAGUCUAUCCAAAUCCAACGAACGUCUUUAUUUGAACAUCUUUUUUUUUUUUUGAAAGUCUAUCUACUCGUAUCUCAAAUGAGAUGUUUCGAGAUAAGAGGUUUCCAAAAUUUUGAAAUUGUAACUGAGUCAAUCAAGACCAAAAUACAUUAAUUUGUUUCCAAAUUGUAGUAAAUUAUACCAGAAAUAAAUUUAUAACUGUCGCCAAAAUAAAUAAAUUUGUAACUCCAAAGUAAAGCAUUAAAUUAACAUUUACAGGGCGAUGUACAAUUAUAUAAAUAUACUACUACGUACAUAUCAAAUAAAUGCAUUCAACGUAAGGUUAGUCAUCCCAUCCCUUCGAAUAGAUUUACAUUUAAAUAGGGAACAAAGUUUAAUCGAACAACCCAUUCCAUAUAAUUUUCAUUAGCAAUGGCUCUCUAUGAUAAGUCGCAUAGCAUUUUCAUGAUUAUGAUCUCAUUUUAUAGUCUUUAUACUAUUUUUGCAUCAGUGUUAGAUGUCUCAAAUGCUGUGCAGGAAACAUCAACAUCAGGAUCUGCAGGCGUUGACGGCUUCUGGCCUCUAGCACCAAAGCAUGUCAUAAUCAACAACACUGUACAGAGCAAGCAAACUCUGAAUGUACAUUGCAAAUCUAGUGAAGAUGACUUGGGGUUGAUCCAUAUCCCUUGGAACCAAACCUGGGGUUUCAAAUUUCAUGUUAACGUUUUCAAAACUACGAAGUUUAGAUGCCAUUUUACGUGGGGUGUAGGCGAAUCUCACGAAUUUAAUAUAUUUACGGUAGCAAGAGACGACGACAAUUUUGGAGAUUAUGAAGUCUGUAAAGUAUGUAUUUGGGAGGUGGGAAGAGACAAUAAAGGGAAAGCUAUGUGUCGAGUAAAUCGAGAUGAAUUGAAUCAUCCUGUUUGUUUCCCUUGGGACGAUAAAGUUAUUUUGUAAGAAGGAGAAGAUUAUUGUUGUUACUCUAUAUCUAAUAUAAAAAGUGUUAUAAUCGUAAUAGAUUAUUUUAAAAUAAUACCAUUCAUAUUGUCCGAAUGCUUGAAAAUCCUUUCCUUUGAAAACACAAAGAAAGUAGUGUUCAUAUAUUGAAUAUACUAGAAAUAAUAAUUUUAAAUAUAAUACUAUUUAUUUUAAAAUAUUUUUUUAAUUUAGAUUUGGCAUUAUUCUUUUAUAUUUUAACUUCAUCAAUUUGAAAAAAUAAAACCAUAAAUAUAUUUUUCUAGCGUUGCUCUUUUAAUUUGGUUUUAUUAUUUCAAUUUAAUUUAUUUAAAUUUUAAUAAAUUUAACAUUUAUAAAAAUAUUUUUUUUGUAUUAAUUUUGCAUUUAAAGUUUAUUUAUUUUAAGUAUGUCUCUUAUCACUAGUUUUAAAUAUGUCAAUAUCUAAAUAUAAAUUCAAAUAAAAUUAGAUAUUUUUUUUGUUUUAGUUAAAAUAUAUUAAACUGGUAAAAAAUAAAUUUUUAUUUAAUCUUGUGAAGAGAAAAAAUUAAAUUAAAUUUUAGUCAUUGAAAUAUCAACAAAUUUUCAUUUGAUUAGAAUUACUUUAGUUUUGUAUUUGUUAAUACACACUUACAAUUAAUUUUGAUGAAUAUGUAUAUUUGUACAGA